AUGAAUCCCUUUUCGUCUGGGACGCGUCUAAGGGACAUGAUUAGGGCAAUACGAGCCUGCAAAACUGCUGCAGAAGAGCGUGCUGUUGUUAGAAAAGAAUGUGCUUCUAUUCGUGCAUCAGUUAGUGAUAAUGAUAAUGAUUACAGACACCGUAACUUGGCAAAGCUCAUGUUCAUUCACAUGUUAGGAUACCCCACACAUUUUGUCCAAAUGGAGUGCUUGAAACUUAUAGCAACUCCUGGAUUCCCUGAAAAGAGAAUAGGAUAUCUGGGACUUAUGUUGCUUCUUGAUGAAAGACAAGAAGUUUUGAUGCUUGUCACCAAUUCACUAAACAGAGAUCUUAACCACACCAAUCAGUACAUUGUGGGACUAGCUCUUUGUGCUUUGGGUAAUAUAUGUUCUGCAGAAAUGGCUCGUGAUCUUGCACCUGAAGUUGAAAGAUUGCUGCAAUUUCGAGAUCCAAAUAUUCGUAAGAAAACAGCAUUGUGCUCAAUAAGGAUUGUAAAGAAGGUCCCUGACCUUGCAGAAAAUUUUGUCAACCCUGUUGUUUCCUUACUUAAAGAAAAACAUCAUGGGGUUCUUUUAACAACAAUCCAGCUUUGUACAGAUCUCUGUAACCUUAAUGAAGAGGCUCUUGAAUUUUUCAGGAAGAAAUGCACAGAGGUGUUGGUGAAAGUUUUGAAGGAUGUUGUCAACAACCCAUAUGGUCCUGAAUAUGAUGUUUCAGGUAUUGCAAACCCUUUUCUUCAUAUAAGACUGCUUCGCCUUUUGCGUGUUUUGGGCCAUGGAGAUGCUGAUGCUAGUGAUUUCAUGAAUGACAUUCUUGCCCAAGUGGCAACAAAAGCUGAGUCAAACAAGAAUGUAGGGAAUGCAAUACUUUAUGAAUGUGUACAAACCAUUAUGAGAAUUGAAGAUAGCAGUGGUUUACGUGUUCUUGCAAUCAAUAUAUUGGGAAGAUUCUUGUCUAAUCGUGACAACAAUAUGAGAUAUGUUGCAUUGAACAUGCUGAUGAAAGCAAUUUCAGUAGAUGAUCAAGCAGUUCAGAGACAUCGUGCAACAAUCUUGGAAUGUGUAAAGGAUUCAGAUGCUUCAAUUCGUAAAAGAGCUCUUGAACUUAUAUACCUUAUGGUGAAUGAGAUGAAUGUCAAACCUUUGACCAAGGAGUUAAUUGAUUAUCUACAUGUAAGUGACCAGGACUUCAAGGGAGAUCUUACUGAAAAAAUUUGCUCCAUUGUAGAAAAGUAA